UGGAGGUGGAGAUAUUGUAGAUAUUUAAAUGAUAAUUUUCAGUUUUAUUCUUCAGUGAAAAAUUUACACUCAUUGAAGCAUACAGAAAUCUGAAAAAUGAAAAUCUUUAUUACAUUGUUUUUUGCAUCACUGAUUGCAUUCAGUGCUGCUGCACCUGCACCUUCGGAAGAAGAGUCAACAGAUGAAUGCGGUUCUUGGGGACCACUCUACGUUAAAGGAACUCCCUGUCCCGCAAAAAAUUUUUACAGCGAAUGCAACUCCUGUUUUUGCUUAGAAGACGGAAAAUCUGCUGGGUGUACUCGUAUGGCAUGUGGACAACCUCCAUUGUCUAAUGGAAAAUGUGCCUAAAGAAGUCUCUAGCUAUUGUUCAAGAUAAAUAAUUUUAAAAGUAGACUAUUAUAUAAAGUAUAAUAUGGAAUGAUGAACUAAAUAUUCUAUAUUAAAAUAAAUAAAAAUUGAUUACUAUAGUUCCUAAAAUGAAAAUUAACAUCCCUCUAAUCAUAUUUUGAAUUUUUUAAUCUACAAAAAUAAUCUAGUAUUCAUUUAUUUUGUUUAACAACCUUUCAUAACAUGUCAAUGUGACAGUUUAUCAGUAUAUGUGAGUUUGACAUCUUAAUUAAUUAUCUUCAACAUCAAGCUGUUCCUCUUGCAUGAAAAUGUUUCAAGAUUGCUUUUGAAAUUAUUAGUUUUGCACUUUAUUAAAAUAAUUAAAUAAAAAAAAUUGCGAUGCGUUAUUUAAAAAUACCGUUGGGAAGUACUCUUGGUGUAUUCACUAUGGGUGCAUUUAUUUGUGUUCAUUGUAUUAGCCGUUUGCUUCGUCAUUUGCAGCAAAUGUAAUUGUGGGUUCGGAUGCAAUAAGGGCACAUAAAAUUUUUUCGUGCGAAAACGAAGUCCCCUGGAGGCUUUAGA